GCCUGCCGGGGCUGCCGCGGCGCCCCCGGCCCCGGCACUGUCGGCCCGCGGCGACCGCAUCGCCGGCGGCGCCCCGGGGCUGCUGGACGCCGGCUUCGCCCUUUACAUCGCCGACCCUUUCGAUCGGGAACUCAAUCCGCAGGUGUGGGGAGCGGCCGGGCCCGGGGCUCCGUCCCGGAAAGCUGCCGGCCGCCCGGUAGCCCUGGGCGCUUCGGUGGGCUCGCAGAGCCCCGCUCGAUAUUGCACAUGUAGCGACGCGGGCUGAGCACCCAGCCGGUGCUUUCCUCCUCCUGCGGUGGCAUUCAAUAACUGCUGUCUCUUCCAGGGCAUCCUGAAUUUGGGCACAAGUGAGAACAAGCUUUGCUUUGACUUAAUAGAGGAGAGAGUAAGUGUUGCUGUCUUCUGACUAACUGAACCGCCGGUUUGUCUUUGUCUUUGAUGAGUUUGACGUUUCUGAUUAACAAUUUAGCAGAGGACAAGUACCAUACCGGGUAGGAUACUGACGGCACCGUGACUUAACAGCUUUCACAAAGCAGCAUACUUGCUCACAAGACCUGACAUGAAUUAUCUGGAGCCUAAUCUUUUCCAGUAUUCUGAUACGCAAGGUAUUAGAAGCUUCAGAGAAGAAAUUGCCAAAUUUCUAACUGACUAUGCCAGAGCUGCAAAAGCACUGAAUCCGGAACAUAUAACUGUUAUGAAUGGCUGUUGUGCUGUUUUUGCUACUCUGUCAACUGUAUUAUGUGACCCUGGUGAUGGAUAUCUUAUUCCAGCUCCAUACUAUGGCGGUAUAAAUUCGAAAACGUGGCUAUAUGGUGGACUACAACCUGUUCACGUGCCCUUGUUCAGUGAGGUGACUGACGAAGAAAGUCACCCUUUCCAGUUAACAGCUGAAAAAUUAGAAGCUGCGUUACAGAGAGCUAAAAAGCAGGGCAUCCGAGUCAGAGCAUUAAUCCUGAUCAACCCCCACAACCCAUUAGGGGACAUUUACCCAGCACAGUUACUGAGAGAAUGUCUAGAGUUUGCACACAGAUAUGAAUUACAUGUAAUAAUGGAUGAAAUAUACAUGCUGUCUGUUUAUGAUGAUACCAUCUUCACCAGUGUUCUUAGCUUAGAUUGUUUACCAGAUCCAGAACGGACACAUUUUAUGUGGGGUUUUAGCAAGGAUUUCGGUAUGAGCGGUAUCAGAGUUGGAGUAUUGUACACCAGAAAUCAUGAAAUUCAGAAAGCUGUGAAUCAACUGGCUGUCUUCCAUAGCUGUCCUGGACCUGUUCAGCAUGUUCUCAGUCAGUUCCUUAGGGACAGAGAUUGGUUGGAUAAUGUGUUUUUUCCCACCAACAAAAAGCGACUUAAAGAAGCACAGAAUAUUCUUGUGGAUGGGCUUGCAGAUGUUGGAAUACCUGUGCUCAAAAGUUCAGGAGGACUCUAUGUGUGGGCAGACUUCAGAAAAUUCUUAAGAUCACAGACAUUUGAAGCCGAACUUGAAUUAUGGCAGAAGCUCCUUGAUGAAAAACUCCUGAUUAGUCCUGGAAAAGCUUUUUAUUGUUACGAACCUGGGUGGUUUAGACUGGUUUUCUCCGAUUCUGUAGAUAAGAUUUUAUUGUGUAUUCAGCGACUUGAGCAAAUGUUGCACAGUUACACUGCUGAACCAGUCACAAACAGAUCUUCUACUGCAGAUGCUUUAUGCAAUCCAGAAAAAAAUUCUUCAGGCAAGCCUUCAGGCACACCAGAAAAAGAUUCUUCAGUCAAACCUUCAGACACACCAGGAGAAGAUGUAUCCCAGCAAAAAAAUAUACUUGUUUAUUAAAAUCAUAUAUGCAUUUAAUGACUUGAUAUAAUUUAACAUGCUUAUGUUUACUAAAGGUGUAUAUAAACAUAUAUAGUCUGUAACCUUGGAUAACACUCUCACAUCACUGUGAUCUGGCAUUAAUAAUCUUGCAAGCGGACUUGCUAAAGCUGAAUUUUAAGGAAAAUGGACCUCCUGGAUAUUGUGUAAAUUAGCCCCUGUUAAGCACAGCAUCCGGGUUUACUCCAUUUCAAGUGUGCUAUGUGUCAGUAAAAUCAGUGAGUCUUAAUAUAUACUUGCUCAGUUGUUGAAUUAUGAAAUUUUGAAAACACUGGUAAAGUGGUUGUUUACUAUAUUACUAUAUAUUAUGGACUAUAUAUUUUAAUCAGAAUACUGAAAGUACUGAAUCAGGUGAUAUUCAUAUUUUGCUAAACUUUUGUAGCUGGCAAAAUGUUUUUGCAUAUUCACGAGAUCUCUCUAAACAUAUAUAUCUCAAACAUUUUAUACAUCUUUCUGUAUAUUCAUGCUAAGUGAGCACUUUCUGAGAAAGCAUUUAGAUUUUUGGAUUCUGGAUUCCCUUUCAGAUUAUUUCUGUGUGCCUGUAUUCAUUAGAUAGUGUUUUCAUACAGUAACUAUAAAAAAACCCUUGAAGGUCUGUAAUGUAUACCCAUUUGACAGUUGUAUGGGGAAUUUUUUGCUUUGUUUUUGAUUCAUUGGGGUUUUUUUUAAAGUAUUUGCAGAAUUAAUUCACCAUUUGCUCUGUUAUUUAGGUUUGGUGAGAGAAAACUAGAACUGCAAAAUUAACAGACUGCGGCUGUAGAGGCUCAGAGGAGGGUUGUCUUACUGUGGAUCCCUAAUAAACUUGGAAUUUG